CGGGGAUCGGGCAAGGUCAGGCCACACCACCUGGCCCAGUCAACCAAGUCACAAGGGCCAUUGUGGGAAGGCGUUAUUGUUUUAGUGGGUGCAGCGGAGGUAGGGCAAUCAACCAGACUCGGUAAAUUGUUAUUGACAGUUUCUGAGUGUUUAAAAGAAGAGCGUCCCCUGCAUCAGCCCGAUUCCAGACGUGCGGCUCCAUGGCGGCCUUCCUACCGCUGCUGGCUCUGCUCUUCCUGGGGGCCCGGGCCCAGCAUGGCUCCCAGUGGACCUACUCAGAGGGGGCACUGGACCAAACACAGUGGUCGAAGGAGUACCCCAGCUGCGGGGGGAGACAGUCACCCAUCGACCUGCAGAGGAGAAACGUUCAAUACAACCCCUCCCUGAAGGCUCUGAAACUGACAGGCUACAAGUCCCAGGGGGGCCAGUUCCCCAUGACCAACAACGGCCACACAGUGCAGAUCAGCCUGCCCCCCACCAUGCGCAUGACGGCCACCGAUGGCACCGAGUACAUAGCCAAGCAGAUGCACUUUCACUGGGGCGGUGAGUCCUCAGAGAGCAGCGGCUCCGAGCACACCAUCGAUGGGAUCAGAUAUGUGGCCGAGGUUCAUGUCGUUCACUACAAUUCUAAAUACAAGAGCUACGAUAUAGCCCAGAGUGCACCAGAUGGCUUAGCUGUGCUGGCAGCCCUCAUCGAGGUCAAGGAUUACGGUGAAAACACGUACUACAGCACCUUCAUUUCUCAGUUGAACAACAUCAGGUAUCCAGGACAGAGCACAGUUCUGAGUGACCUUGACAUUCGGGACAUGCUCCCUGAGAACGUGCAUCACUACUACAGCUACAAAGGGUCACUCACCACUCCUCCCUGUACUGAGAACGUCUACUGGUUUGUGCUGGCAAGCCCCAUCAUGUUCUCCAGGGCACAGGGUUGGAAGCUAGAGAAUUCCAUAUUGGAUCACCAGAACAAGACCCUCCACAAUAUCUACCGCAUGACGCAGCCCCUGAACAACAGAGUGGUGGAAACCAACUUCAUGAAUCUCCCCAACGAGCGUUCUGAGUUCCAGCUCUACCUAACCAAGUUUGACAAUAAGCUCGAACACUUGAAGAGUCUUCUUGAAAAGAAGAAAGCGAAGGAACACCACCAAGAGUAGGGAGCUCGAAGCGUGCGGUGUGCAGGACGAGGCGGACUUCCGCUGAGCCCGCGACCCUGCCUGGCUCCGAGAAAUUGCAUGUCCGGGUCGCACCCUCCCCGAGGCACCUGUCAGGUUUCUGAGUAAGAUAGGGGAAACCAUUGUCCCCGAGCGGAGGCGAGGUGACGUGAGUCAGACGACACCGGGGGGAACUGACUGGGAUAGAAACGCGAAGGGAUCGGGGCGCUAACCACCUUCCCACCAAAGCCUGCAGGUUUGUCUGUGUAAAUUACGAAGCAGCCCGAACUUCCGUGUGGGACGUGGGUGUAAUAAAAUAACUUUGAGAAUU